AAUGGAUUUUGGCAGUCACUGGGUCCGAGCUGAAGUAAAGCAUCAAGCACUGCUUUGCAAGCUGCAGGAAGGAUCUAUUACGGUUAAAAAAAAUAGGGGAAGGCACAGUGUGACCAGAGUGCUGUCUGAAAGAGAAGGGAACAGAGUCCUCUGAAUCUGCUGAUCUGAAGAGGAAAUAAAGAUGUUGAAGAAGACAAAGGUGGACGAUGAAACUGCCACUGGGCAGGCAGGCAUCAAGAAGAAAUCAAAAGUGCCUGGUGUCAUGAUUACUCAGUUUAUGGAGGAACUUCCUGAAGGAAAAACAACUCCAGAUUUCACACGGAAACCCAUAGCCCUUACUAUACAAGAGGGCAAAUUUGCAUACUUUAAAGCCAUUGUGGUGGGAGAUCCAACACCUACUGUAACAUGGAGCAGAGCAAAUGGAGAAAUCAUUUUUCACCCUGAUGUGUGUCAGCAAAAAUAUGAUCCGACAUCAAAUGAACAUACCCUCGAGUUCCCUAAGGUAGCUCCAGAAGAUGCUGACACCUACAAGUGUUAUGCAACCAAUGAAUAUGGGAGAGCUGUUUGUACCGUUAUUCUGAAUGUUAUUGAGGUGGGAUUCUCUAAGACCAAGGAACUUCAAAAGAUUCAAGGAGAAGAUGCGACAGAGUUCAGAAAAAGACUCAAAACACGUAAUCCCGAUGGAACUCGUGAGGAAAAGACAAUGGAUGUAAACGAAAAGGUCUGGGAAAUCCUGCUUAGUGCAGAAAAGAAAGAUUACGAGCGAAUCUGUGCAGAGUAUGGCAUCACUGACUUCCGUGGCAUGUUGAAGAAACUUACUGAAAUGAAAAAAGAACGAGAAGAGGAGAUUGCACAGUUCAUCUCGCAUAUCAGGACACUCAAACCAGUUGAGGUCAAAGAUGACGACUGUGCAACAAUUGAGUUGGAUAUGGACCUCUUAGAUUCUGGCAGCAAAAUAUUUCUGUACAAGGAUGGUGUCAUGGUGCCAUUCUCAAAGGAAGAGGGAGAAGAAAUGAAGCAUAACUUAAAACAAGUUGGCAAAAAAUAUGUGUUCACAAUCAAAAACCUAAGUAAGGAUGAUGCUGGGCUCUACUCUGUGGAUGUGGAAGGAGUCAAUGUAUUUUCCACAGAUUUUAAAGUGCCUGAAGUUGACUUUGCUGUCAAAAUCCAAGAGGUCAAGGCGGAAGAACGAGAGGAUGCUCUCUUUCAGUGUGUACUCACUGCACCAAUGAAUGAGAUCAACUGGUAUGGCAAAAGCGCUUUGCUGACAAAUAAUGAGAAGCAUGAGAUCAUUGUAUCUGAAGAUAAGCUCAUCCAUAAGUUGAUUGUGCGAGACUGCCUGCCUCUGGAUGGUGGCAUUUAUGCUGCUGUGGCAGGAAUUAAGUCUUGCAAUGCCUGGCUUGUGGUUGAAGUGGAGAAAGAUCCAGCCAAAAAGGGCAAAAAGGCAGCACGGAAAACCACCAUUGCUGGAGCCGGCAAUGAUGAAGAACUGCUGAGAAUAGCAAAGGAACAGCAAGAAAGAUAUCAGAAAGAAAUGGAAGAAAAAGCACAACUCGCCAAAAAAGCUCAAGAAGAGAAGGAAUUGGCGGCUGCAGCUGUCCGAGCAAAGCAAAAGGCAGAGGCUGAGGCCAAAGCUGCAGCAAAGGCUGAGGCCAAAGCUGCAGCAAAGGCAAAGAGAGCGGCCGCUGGCAAAGAUGGAGCUGUUAGGAAAACUAAGAAAAAAGUAGCUGGUGCUGGGGCAGAUGGGGCCAGUGGGGCCACAGGGGGGGUUGUAGGUGUUGGUGCAGGUAGUGCUGCAGGUGGAGCUGCUGCUGGUACUACAGGUGGAGCUGCUGGUGCUACAGGUGGAGCUGCUGGUGCUACAGGUGGAGGCAGUGCAGCAGGUAGUCUAGCUGGUGCCGCAGGUGGGGGUGCAGGAGGUGCUGCAGGAGUUGGAGGGAGAGAUGGGAGUGGAGCUGCAGGUGGGGCUGGAGGCAAUGAGGGUGGAGAUGUGGAAGGAGAUUCUGAGGUCGAAAGUGAUGAGGAUUCAUUUGAAGAUUCAGAUGAGGACAUUGAGGGAGAAGGAGGGGGAGCAAAAGGAAGGGAAGGAGCAAAGGAAGGAGGAGAGAAGGGGGAUUUGGGAGGCGAAGGAGAAGAGGGAGGAGAGAAAGGAGAAGGAGGAGAAAAGGGAGGGGAGAGGAGAAAACGAGCAAGAGCUGGCCCACUGGUUCCUGAUACAGUUAUAGACCCAGGCAUUCACUUUCACGCUGGACUUUCUGACUGCAAAGCCAUUAUUGGAGAAGCCGCAGAGUUAGAGUGUAAAGUAAGCAGUGAAGAGUGUGUAGGAAUCUGGUACAAAGAUGGAGCUGAGAUUCAGGCUUCUGAGAGUUUAACAAUUUCAAAAGAAGGAUGUUUCCACAGGCUUAAAAUCCACAAAGUCACAGAGGAAAAUGCUGGAAAAUAUAAAUUUGAAGCCGAUGGCCGAAAAACCGAGGCUGAAAUUGCUGUUGAAGAUCCCCCUCGAUUUGAUAAAGAGGAGCUAGAAGCAUUUAAAGCUCCUGUGACUAUAAAGAAGGGACACAAAGCUACUUAUAAAUUGUCUUACAUUGGCCGGGAGCCAAUAAAAGUCCAAUGGUACCUUGAGGGUGAAGAACUUUCAAGUGAAGGCAAUAUAAAUAUUGAGACUUCAGAUGGAACCAGUCGUUUGCUGAUGAUGAAGCUGCAGCACAAAGACAGCGGCGAAAUCAAGAUAAAACUGAAAAAUGUGUUUGGGACAAUUGAGGCUGUAAGCCAGCUAAAUGUACUUGAUAAACCUACACCUCCAAUGGGACCUCUGGAGAUUGUUGAAGCCUCCUCCUCUGUAAUUGAUUUCAAGUGGAGACCCCCAAAGGACAGUGGUGGAUGCAAGAUACAAAACUACAUCCUUGAACGACAACAAGUUGGACGGAACACCUGGAAGAAGGUUGGACCAAUUGGCCCUGAGGCCAAGUAUAGAGACUCUGACGUGGAUCAUGGUAGGAGAUACUGCUACCGUAUUAGAGUGGAGACUGAAAUGGGAACCAGUGAAAUGAUGGAAACUGAAGAUAUUCAGGCUGGAACAAAAGCAUAUCCUGCACCUCCAUCAGCACCAAAGGUUGCCAGUGCCUUUAAGGACUGCAUCAACCUCACAUGGUCCCCUCCUGCUGACACUGGAGGAACCAGCAUUCUGGGAUACAACCUGGAAAAACGCAAGAAGGGCAGCAACCUCUGGGGCCAAGUUAACCCCCCAAAUGAGAUUAUUAGAGGUAAAGGAUUUGCUGUAAAAGAUGUGGUUGAGGGCAUGGAGUACGAGUUCCGUGUGUCUGCAAUCAAUGACUCAGGAGCUGGCGAAUUCAGCACUCCAUCUGAGUUUGUUUUUGCCAGAGACCCUAAAAAGCCUCCUGGUAAAGUGCUUGAUUUGAAAGUGACAGAUUCCACCUACACAACCCUGUCCCUGUCUUGGAACAAGCCCAAAGACAUUAAGGGAGAGGAGGAUGAAGCAAAGGGAUAUUUUGUGGAAAUCAGGCCUGCAGAAAACACAGACUGGGAUCGAUGCAAUUCUAAUGCAAUAACCAUGACUACAUAUACGGUAAAGGGCAUGAAGUCAAUGGCCAUGUACUGGGUGAGAGUUAUUGCUACUAAUGAUGGAGGUGAGGGAGUGCCUCAGGAGCUGGACAAUUACAUUCUCGCUAUGCCCCCUCCAGUGAGACCACGAUUCACAGAUGCCAAAAUCAAGAGUUUCAUGAUUGUAAGAGCAGGAAAUUCUGCAAGAUUCACCAUUAACUUUGAGGCUUCACCAUGGCCAGAGGUAACCUGGCUAAAGGAUGGCGUACCAGUGUCUAAAAAGGUCACCAUCAGCAAUGCUGAGGGUGCAUCCCAGCUUUUGAUUCCUUCUGCAGAACGUUCAGAUACCGGCAUUUAUACCAUCAUAGUCAAAAACAUUGUAGGACAGGAAACAAUUAGCAUUGAAAUUAGAGUCACAGAUGAGCCAAAGCCACCAGGUCCUGUGGAUCUGGAUGAAAACGUGCCUGGCACAGUAACCAUCUCAUGGACCGCGUCUCCAGACGAGAAGCGGGAUGACAGGCUGCACUACAUGGUGACAAAGAGAGAUUCAGUCAAGAGAUCUUGGAACACCAUUGCAGAUCGAAUCUUCAACAACAAAUUUACGGCCUGUAACAUCAUGCCGGGUCGAGAAUAUCAGUUUAGAGUCUAUGCCAAGAAUGACAUGGGCUCCUCUAAACCAUCCGAAUCUGCAAAGUGGCUCAUUCCUGCCAAAAAAGAAAAAUUCACUCUGAAGAUGCCAGAGUCCAAAGCCUGUGACCUGCAAUGUCCUCCUAAAUUCCUUGUCCCACUGAAAAUGCACACUGCUCCACAAGGCUAUGAAUGCUACAUGAGCUGCGCCGUAAAAGGAGAUCCAACACCUCAUGUGACAUGGCUGCGCAACAACAUCAGUCUGAAUACCAACACCAACUACUUAAUCUCCAACACCUGUGGGGUCUGCUCUAUGCUAAUAUUGAGGGUGGGAACCAAGGAUACAGGGGAAUACAAAAUUGUUGCAGAAAAUGCUUUAGGAAGAGCAGAGAGUUCAACUAAACUCACAGUCAGAGAGUAAAGGGAUCUACAGACAAUACCACAUAAGCCACGUAGUUGGAAACUGACAUGUGUUUUACAAUCAAGAAAAUCCCAAACGUGUGUAAAAUGUACAUUCAGUGUCACAGAUGAAGCCUCAUCUCGAAAAGCUGAUUGUCAAAACUUUAAUGUGCAAA